GUCUCGUGAUUACAGGAACUCCUUUUCAAAAUUUCAUAUCUUGCCACAGGUUGCCCUCUAGAAUCAGCCCUCCGGACUAGCCUCUCCAGCCGGGCCUCGCAGUCUGCUCAAGCUGCCCUUCACACGGACGGACAGGACGGAGUGAAAGACGUCACUCCGGGUUCAUCUGUCAUCACCACAACUACAAACCAUCACCACCACCACUACCACCACCACCUUCUUGACCAAACCGUUCAAGACAAAAAGACUGGGUAUUCACACACACACCUCUAUACAAAUACACAGGAUGUCGUCCCAAAAAGCCCCCGAGAUCUCAGUCAACAACCUGACGUACCGGUUCCCCGGCUACGCGACGGGUCUCUCUGGCGUGACGCUGCAGUCCCUGCCCCCGCGCUCGCGGACGCUGCUCAUCGGGGCCAACGGGGCGGGCAAGACGACGCUGCUGCGGCUGCUGGCGGGCAAGCGGCUGGCCCCCGCGGGCACGAUCAACGUGGCCGGGCUGGACCCGUUCAAGCAGGGGCUCGAGGGGGUGACGUACCUGGGGCUGGAGUGGGUGCUGAACCCGAUUGUGCGGACCGACAUUGGGGUGGGCGAGCUGCUGCGGUCCGUGGGCGGCGACGCGUACCCGGCGCGGCGGGACGAGCUGGUGGGCGUGCUCGACAUUGACGUCGAGUGGCGGAUGCACGCCGUGUCGGACGGCGAGCGGCGCCGCGUCCAGCUCGCCAUGGGCCUCAUCCGGCCCUGGACGAUCCUCCUCCUCGACGAGAUCACCGUCGACCUCGACGUGCUCUCGCGCGCAGAGUUCCUCGGCUGGCUCAAGCACGAGACGGAGAUCCGCGAGUGCACCAUCGUCUACGCCACCCACAUCCUCGACAACCUCGCCGGCUGGCCCACCCACCUCGUCCACAUGCACCUCGGCGAGGUCCGCGAGUGGGGCACCACCGACAGGUUCCUCGGCGCCCAGGACGAGAAGGCCCUCUCCUCGGGCAACUCGCGCCUCGGCGAGAUCGUGCUGGGCUGGCUGCGAGAGGACCUGAGGGACCGCGGGCCCCGCAACCAGAAGAAGAUGGGCACCGAGGGGCUCACGUACUCGACCGGCGGGCUUGGCGGGUAUGGGCUCGAGGCCACGCCGCCGGGCAAGUAAGUGGAAGGGUUUCCAGAAUGAGGGGAUGUAUAGAAAGCGAGGGAAAGAGACAGAGAGAGAGAGAGAGAGAGAGAGAGAGAGAGAUCCUACGUGACGCUUCACUGUACAUGGGGCCAACGGUAGCGUGG